AAGCGCUCACAGUUCUCACAUUCUCAUCUCCCUAGGUGUAUACACGUCGUUCCACCACAAUGAAGGUAAUCGUUAUGUUUGGUCUGGUGUCUGUGGCGGUGGCGGCCAAGCUGGCCCUACGAGCCGAAGAACCCCUCACCACUACUCAGCCCCCCAAGCCCUACAACUUCGGGUUCGAGGUAAGGGACGACAACACCACCAACUACCAGAACCGGGCCGAGGUUUCCGACUCAGAAGGCCGUGUGAAGGGCUCCUACAGCUACGUCCUCCCCGACGGCUUCGUCUACACCGUCACCUAUGAGGACAACAAGGACGGCCAGGGACUCAAGUCCGUCGUGAGGAAGGAGCCUUCAGGCAUCGAUGUCAUCAUCCCACCGCCAUUUUCAUCAAGAAUCGCCGUCGACUCCCAAAAAAAUGUUUUCUUAAACUAAAGAAGCCUCAUUGAAAAUUCUCCCAAUGUACAAUCCCUCACCUGGGAGCUUUUUAGGUUUAGUUAUGAUUCAUCAUGCUCUAUGUUUCACCGUCAAGAGUUCAACGUGGCUGGACCUCUCCUGAUCAGUUUGCCUUCACGCUGUGGGAUCUACAGAAGCAUUCGUCUGCAGGUCUUUUCAUCAAUCUUAUAUCUUUGUGAUAUUACCUCCAAGUUUCAUUCUCUUCAUCUUUAAUGUUUGCAAGAGUAUGGCUGCCUAAAAUCUUUUAUUUCUUGCUCGGGAUUUUUGUUUUAAUUCUUGCAAUUGUAUUAAUAAAAUUUGUACUAAAAUCUUGUGACUGAAAAUUACUGAUUGAAUCUUGCUUGUUUAAAAACUUAUUUUUAUUAUUGUUAGAAUACAGUUUAAGCCCCAGGCCCGAUUGACCCUGCAGGUAUCAUUAAGGUUUUCACGUCAUCGUGAAAACCUAAAUUUUGACAAAUUUGCUUCAACUUUAGAUUUUAAUAUAUUCUUUAUUCAAAUUUUUUCUACACCUUCAUUUUAUAAUUUUUGGCCGAAGCAGUUUAAACUUUUCUUACAGAUUUUUGAAUGUGAAUCAAAUAAGUUUUAUUGUUAAUUUGUAAUUUUCAUUAGUUUUCAGUCUUCCCAUUACCUUUUCAAUUUGAGUCUAAUAUUCUAAUAGACAAGUUAUAUUUAUAAGACAAGUUAGUUUUAUUUAUCUAUAUUUAUAAGACAAGUUAGUAAAAAAAUAAUAAUUCCUAACGAAAAAAUUUCUGAAUCCUCCCUCCCUCCCCUUAUUUUUUUUUUUUAUCUAAUCACACAUCCGUUGAAAUUAUUUCUUGGGUUCAAUGAUCUUUUAUUGUUUGUAUCUUUAUUGUUCUUGGAUACUUCUAUUUCCAGUGGACUAGGCUUAUGUAAUAAUCUCUUAGAGAUUGUUUUUUGGAAUAGAAUGGAUUUUGUGAAUGGAAUCUCUUAAGAGAGAGUUCUUACUUUUAUUUCUAGUAAAUUAGGCCUUUAUGCUCGCCUAUGGAGUGUUCUUAACUACUUGUAUUUCUAGAUACUAAAGUAUCCAGGGCAAAUAUGCUAUUUCAUUAAUUCUUUCUCAUUUAACUAUAUUUCCCGCCGCCAGUUUCACGUCCAGCUGAUCAUUAAAUGUCAUGCAUCAAUCGAACAGUUUUCUGUAAAUAAAAAUGUUAGUGUUGAUAAAAGCCAUAUAACCUGAUAAAUACAAGCUAUUUUGUAAAACUGAGAAUAGGACAUAUUUAUUUUCUAUCUUUUUUUAUCUGUAGCUUGAUUUAUCACUUUCAGUCACAUGAAUGUUUCACUGUUUCCACUUUUUGUUGAAAAUGUCAUGUUUUAUUCCAAAUAAAGUGAUAUGCACAAUG